AUGAAGAAUGUUGUUGAAUUUACCAGGCUUGGUGGAAAAAGACUCUGUGGGGAUUUUCUCCAAAGCUGGAGGAUUUCUGCAGGAGCUAAGGAAAGGCUUCGUGCAGCCGUUCCAUUACUGAAAUAUCACUGCGUUCGUGCUGCUGUGCCAACCCCGGCAGCGAAGCGGAAGACCCCGAAUCGCUACCUGCAGCAGGCGUGGAUGCGACAAGGAAGAGCCAGGGUCGCAAGGCAAAACCGUGGACUGCGUUUGUCUGGGGAUAGGGAGCCCCUCUGUGUUGCCUGCGCGGCCGCUGUGCGGGACUUCGCUGCUUUCCAUAGCUCCACCUGGUGUCGGGCCACGGCAGGGAAGCGCUUUCCAGAGAUGCUCCUAUCCCCAAACCUCCCGCUGCCCUUCUCUCUGUGCUUAACAAAACUGCUUCCCCGGGAAGGCCUCCCGGGGUGCCUGGUGAGUACCCACCGCCUCCUGCCUGAGGUGGCUCUGCCCCUUGCCAGGAGCAGCGUUGAUAGUCCUUCUUUCCUCAUCCUGCCUUACAGACUGAUUGAGCCCUACUGCUCCCUCAGCGAAAUGCUCUCAGAAAUAAGGCCAAGUACCGGGCAGCCCCCUGGGGUGUCCUCGUGCAGCUCCCCCACAGUGACAACACCCCUGUGCUCCACGAGGGGACAAACCCAUCCUGGUUCUGCACAGUAUAUCCUGCUCCUUAGGGAUCCUCUCACGGAUCCUGCGAUAGGAGCCAGCACCGCUAUUUCUCAUGUUGCAAGACCUCAGCGCCUCACGUCCUCGAUGGCGACAGGAGUGGGGGAGGCUGAUGCUCCUCCUGCCCAUCCACGAUCACAGGGAGCGCUCUGGGGGCUCUGGGGCGCCCAGACAGGCACGCCCCACGCCCAGGAGAGCAGAGCUCGGCAAGGCUGUCGAGCACUCAGGCCGUGUGCAGGCGGCGGGGGCUGCGCGGGGCAGGGCGGCGGGGCCGGCGGGGCGCGGCUGACCCGUGUCUCCUCGCAGGUGGAGUGGGUGCUGUGCCCCUACGACGUCCAUCACCGUGUCCCCCGCGCGUCGCUGGAGAGGCACGCGGCGUCCUGUCGGCUCCGCAGGAUGGGAUACUCCGCCGAGGAGGAGGCCGAGAUGUACGACUCCAGCUUUUUCUACGAAAACCUGAAGGUUCCCGCUGUCGCCAUGGAUAAAGAUCUACAGUUUCACAUUGUUAAGCAGGCUAGAGCCCAAAGUGCGAAGGAAGGUGCAGGCUACAGUGAAGGAUCUUACUCAUUACUGCCCGUAGAAGUUCCUCAAAACCACAAACGUUUCACCUGUGACCUGACCCAAGCUGACCGCCUUGCUCUUUACGAUUACGUUGUUGAGGAAACAAAGAAACAGAGGUCUAGAUCCCAGAUAAUGGAAAAUGACAGUGAUCUCUUCGUGGAUUUAGCAGCAAAAAUCACCCAAGAUGAUAGCCAGAAAGGUCCAAAGUCCCAUCUUGAAAUUCUGGCUGAAAUGCGAGAUUACAAAAGGCGGCGGCAGUCAUACAGAGCUAAAAAUGUUCAUAUAACGAAGAAGUCCUACACUGAGGUGAUUCGGGAUGUGAUUGGUGUACAUAUGGAAGAACUCAGCAAUCAGUGGCAGGAGGAGAAUAGGUUGGAUAAUGCAGAGAUAUCUGAAGGAGGGAAGUCAAAGUCUUCAGGAAGAAGGGAAGACAGGCGGUCAGCCUCAGUGGACUCACGGCAGUCUGGGGGAAGCAGUAAGGAUACAGAGUGCACGAGACACAGGAGAGACGCCAGCAGGAGUCCAAGUAAACGAAGAAGGAGUCGUGAGAGAGGCAAAGACAGAGACUCGCGGAGAAAAAGAGAGAGGGAUGAAGACAAGUAUCACAACCAUAAAAGAAGAAAGUAGAAACAAGAACCUGAUGUCUUUGUUCAUCAGCUGUUCAAAAUAUAACAAGAACUAUUGUUAUUGCCAUUUUGCCCAAGACAGUAAAGGUGUGCACAUAAUAUUGUUGUUGCAUUGCACCUGUGCUACUUGGAGACAAAAAAAUGCUAAGGUUUGUCAGGAUGGAAGCAGUAUAUUUCAGAUAAUGUGUAAUUCUGUACCAUUUAUACAUCUGUUAAUAAAUUAUAUUGAUCUC